CGCCGGCCUAAAAGUCAUUAUUUACGUUGGAUUAAAACGAUGACUGUCUGAGGUGCAUCCCCAGGGGUUAACUCGAGCACACCGAAGCUGAACGGUCACGAUGGAGCCCACCAGUCUCCCCCAGCAAGUGCUCUCCGACAAGUCGCAGAAGCGAGCUUCAUUCUCGCCUAUUAAGGCAAUCCGGUCACUCAGCAUCAGUUCCCAGAUUUCGCACUUGUCAAUCGGAUCCGACACCGAGAUACCGAGCUCUGGAUCAUCACAAAGAAAGACUUUGCGCAAAACUGCUCCCGCCGGCCCGCUCAGAAAGGGGAGCUUAAUACGAAACGAUUCCAAAUCAUCUUCCGAUGGCAGUGUUGGUCGCGCCUCGACGUCUACACAACCAACUACCCCCUCUGUCAUCAGUCGAAGCGCCAGUAUUCACGGUGGUGACCCUGGGUCACUUAUCAAAUCGGGCCCUUUGCAGCCAGAGUCUUCAAUUUUGAAGUCAAGGAAAGAAUACCUUGUCUUGACUUCAUCUGCGUUACUCAAGUUCAAAAAUCGUGCUGCCGCCGAGAAUCAAUUCCCCAUUAUCUCUGCGCCUGAUCAAGGCUUGAGCCCCUUGACCCCCUUGACCCCUGUCGGGUCCUACCCAUCCCUCAAAGACCUUUCAUGUACUGCUGAAGUUACUGUGCCCCUGGACAAAGUUGUCUCAGUUUUCAAAGAUGAAGGGACACGACCAUCUUUCGGCCUUGAGAUCUGGUGGAAAAGUUCACAGAUGACACACGUUUUCGCCUCUUUGGAAAUCGAUUUCCACCUUCCAGAUGAACGAGACGACUGGCUCAGGCACAUCAGACACGCAGUGAUAGCAAGGGCGAGGGCGCUUGGCGAAGCGCGGGCCCCAUCUGAUAUCGAGGCCAGCUUUACAUCAAUCCUAGACGCCAACAACGAGAACGAUAGUCUCGUCGAUCUCUACCCAGUCAUUCCUCGGCGGCCGUACACAAAACUUCCCCAGGGGGGUGAACCUAAGAAGAAUUGGAGAGAAUCAUCAUCAUUCUAUCUUGCAUUUACUAAAUACUCGCUACUCAUGGCUCAAUUCUCGGGAUCGCCGAAUGGGCAAAAAAUCGUCGCCAGUCAUUCUCGAUUUGGUGUGGUCACCCUUUCUCGUGUUCGUGUGAACAUAAGUGAUGAACGAUUUGACCUAGUUUUCCGUCUGCCUCUAGGUCCACUUCAUACGGUAGAGCUUUCAAGUCGGUAUCACCAAAACAUCUUAAACAAGUUGUUCAAGGCGGAUACAUAUCUUAAACCUGCCUGGCCAUUGUGGACUAGACGAGAAGUUUUCUAUGUGAAUGAUGAUACUCAACAAAUUCCACUGCCCAACGGCGAAGAUUAUGGGGGAUUUAAAACAACUCUGGAAGCUUUCAUUGAAGGUUAUCAGUGUCAACCCGUCCAAUGGACAGUAAAAUGGAAGGGUGUACCGCAUGCACCUCAAUUCUGCCUGCUAAAAGCAAAAAAACAGUCACAGUACAGUGCUCAUCAACUAUUAGCCGUCUUUCGCGCUUUACGGUUCAACGAAUUCUUCAAGAGUAUUUCCUUCCAUGACAUAGACUUUUCGCUCUUAUGGAAUAAGUUCGAUAACACUCAACGGCUUGAGUCAACGAUAUGGCUCUCUCGUACUGGAAAGCGCAGUCUCACCCGCAGCGAAGUUGAUAGGGUUGAACAUUCUUCUGUGUUAUUCCAGGAGCUUGUCUCCAUUCUUCUUGGGUCCGAAUCGAUCAAAUCACUUGACCUAACCAAUGUACUCCGCAGAAUUCCAACCCGGCCCCCGCUACAAGUUGGAAGCUCUUCGUCUGUUCAAGCAGGGGUUUGCGAGAUAAUUCCUCCUAUCGUUUUAUUGUGGGCAUCGCUGCAAACGCGUUGCAACUCGAUCAAGCUGAACGGAAACGCCGUUGGGCAGAUUGACGCGGUUGAGCUUUGCCGGGUUCUGCAAAGUCGACCUAACUUCCUGAGAUCCUUCGGCGUAUCACGUUGUAACUUAGACGAAGCGUCACUGGUCUAUCUAUGGGAAGGACUGCAUGAGCAACGGUCAUCACUCCACGAACUCGACACGUCGUAUAAUCCUGGGCGUAUAGAGGCUUCGAGAGUUGCAAGCACUUUGAAUGAGGCUAGUGGUCUCAGACGUCUAAAUCUCGCAUAUACUAUUAGAGGAGAAUUGGAAGGACCCUUGUUCAGGCCUUGGACCUCGGCAACUUUCGAAGCAUGGCGUCUUGAGGAAUUGGACCUCUCUGGAUGGAAGCUAAAUUUUGAAACGCUCUGUGGAAUCAUGAAAUACUUAGAGCUUGACGAAUCGCACAACUUGAGUCGGCUAUCGCUACAGAAUUGUGCCGUCACCGGAGAACUAGCGACUGGGUUAUUUUGUCGAAUUGGCGCUGGCCGGGAUAUGCAUCUCCUCCUUAAUGGCAAUCCAUUGGAAGUCGGGUCGACAGACUGGAUAGACCUUAUCCAUGCUGGCGAAGCUCCGACCAAACUACAUCUGGACAUGAUACAGUUCCAGCAUGAGUCAACUUUCAAUAGCCUUUUAACUGCAUUGACACAUAACAAAACGAUUAAGUUCCUAAGCAUGGUAGGAACGAGUCCGCCUAGCCGUGUUACCUCAAAGACAUCUGAUCUUCUUUCAAAUUUUUUCAGAAAAAAUACUACAUUGCAAUUCUUGGAUUUAUCGGGAUACAGUGGCAAGCUCGAGGAUGGUCAUCUUGGUUGGGGGCUUUCGAGUGCACUGGAUUCAUUAAAUGAGAACACAUCGCUUCGCCAGCUUCGGUUAAGAAAUCACGAUAUAGGCUCUGCUGAGGAUUUGACAGGGCUACAUCGGUUUCUCAUGGCUAACACAGGUUUGACCAUGCUCGACAUUCUACACAACAACUUCGAUCAUCGCCAAUUCGGCGAACUUGUCCAGGCACUAAGUCAUAAUCACCAGCUCAUAUCAUUCCCGUUAUCACAGUUAGAUCGUGAAUAUGCAAUCAGCAAGGAGAGACGAUUGUUCACGAAUAUGCAAUGGAAGUCAACCACUAGGGUACCGGAUAAGCUGUCCAAAUCGGCCGAGACCCGUCUAGAUGGCGUAUUGAAGAGGCUCCAUACCGAUUGGGAGUCGGAGGCUGAAAAGGUGGCGAGCAUCCUGGAGAGAAAUCGAGCUAGCCUUAUGAACUUGAACGAGACCCUCGAACUAGAAAGCGAGUACCUCGAAGUAUGGGACGACGAAGAUCUGCCAGCCUGGCUCUGGCCUCCUUCUAAACCAUACCAAGACAAUACCCGCAGGCGGGCGUCAGAAUCUAGCAUAAUAUCAGCUGAAGAAAUUUCAUCUUCUCUUCUAGCAUCCAUACCUUACAUAUCGCACCAGGAUUCAUACCCGUCCCACCAGACUUAUGUGAUCGAGGAAGAGACAUAAGUUAAUUUAUACAGCCGACUGCUCUCACGAGAUGGUUUUUGAACAACCAAAUAACAGACACUGCCGCUUGUAUCUCCUUCAUGUAUUUAUACACACCCAUACAACAUCAUAUUCUCAUGUACCGCAGAUCGGCUGGCCCUUAAAGGGUUACAUAGACAUUCAGAUAGAAGGCGAAUUGGGGCGAAUUUUGGCGAAAAC